AUGAAUAAGAUUGGAUGGGUCGAAAUUCGAUUGUUAUCUUAUCGGAGUGGUAGUGCAAGUGGAAAAACUAGUGUCUCUGUACGUAUCAUAGAAAAUCUUAACGUACCAUGGGUAGGACUUUUAAGUAUGGAUUCGUUCUAUAAAGUGUUAAACCCCGUAGAUAAAAUCGAAGCACAUAAUAAUAACUUCAAUUUCGAUCAUCCGAAUGCUUUUGAUUUUGAUUUAUUGUUUGAUACAUUGAAGAAUAUGAAAGGGGGAAAGAAAGUCGAAAUCCCAAUUUAUGAUUUUGUGACGCAUGCUAGACUUCCACAAACAAGCUCGUUAUAUGGUGCUAAUAUAUUCGUUGACACGGAUUCAGAUAUUCGGCUUAUUCGUCGAUUAAAACGAGAUAUUAAUGAACGAGGACGUGAUUUUAAUGGUGUAAUACAGCAAUAUCAAAAGUUCGUAAAGCCCUCUUUUGAUCAAUACAUACAACCUACCGUCAAGAAUGCGGACGUGAUAAUUCCACGUGGUCUUGAUAAUUUAGUUGCCAUCGAUUUAAUCACCAAACAUAUACAACGUCAAUUGAAUGAACGUCAAUUCAAUUUUCGAUGGGAUCUUUUAAAGUUCGAUUGUGAUUAUAAAGAAAUACCGAAGAAAGUUACUGUUUUGGAACAAACCACUCAGCUUAAAGGGAUCCAUACUAUUAUAAGAGAUAGAAACACAAAACGUGAUGAUUUCAUAUUUUACGCUGAACGAUUAGCUGCUACGAUUGUAGAAAGGGCGUUGUCAGAAUUAUUAUUUACAAAGCAUGAAAUCAUCACGCCACUUCAUAUGCCAUACGUCGGAAAAAGGUAUACGAUGCAGUUACAUUUUAUUAACCUUCCUAACAAUGUUCAUGAAUGUUAUGUAUUGCUCAUGGAUGCACAGAUAGCAACAGGAGCGGCUGCACUUAUGGCCAUAAGGGUAUUAUUGGAUCAUAAUGUACCUGAGGAUAGGAUAAUGUUCUUGACUUUCCUUGCAACUCCAUUAGGACUUCACGUAAUAUCUAAUGCGUUUCCAAAAGUUAAAAUAUGUACGUCAAUGAUCGAUCCAAAGAUUAAUGACGAAACGUUAUUUAUUGAACCCGGAAUGGGUAAUUUUGGUGAUCGAUAUUAUGGUACUGAUAUCUAA